CGCUGUUUUGUAUAGAAACAAAAUUAUCUAAAACAGAGUAGUGAAUAAUGAUGCAGAAACGGAUAUUAUCCUUGCUUAUAGCCGUUGUGGUUAUUCAGUUGGUAGCUGCACAGUAUUACAACUAUGGAUUCCGAAAUGAGCCACCGCCUCCUUUACCAAUGACAGAAAGACCAACUACCUACUCACAAGAAGGACUACCACCACCAAGAAAACCAUAUCCCUACUAUAAUGAUGAAUUGCCGGCUGAAGAGGUAUUUGAUUGACCAUAAGAAAUGUCGCCACCAGAACUUUCCGCUCUCGAUGUAGACCCGGUACCGCAUGGUCUAUUGUACCCAGAAAUAUCAUAAAAAGCAUUAAACGAAUUAGAAUUAAAAUUUCGGGAACAAAGUAAGGAUCCUUAGGAGUGUGAAAUAAAUUUGAAAUUUAAUGAAUGUGCUAAAAAUAAAUGCAAAAUGGGUUUAUUGAUCACUCUCA